AUGGACGGUACCAAGGACUCCGGAACUGAUCACGUCGAGCAAUAUGUCGAAAAUCCCAAGGACCAAGACCUGAGGUCGGUACCAACAGCCUUGCUCGAUUGGUCCCCCGAAGAGAGAAGGCAACGCGAAAAAGCGCUGGUCAGGAAAAUUGACACCCGAUUACUAAUAAUCAUGUUGGUUAUGUACAUCCUCAACUACCUGGAUCGCAACAACAUUGCAGCGGCAAAGUCGGCCGGACUGCAAGAUGACCUAAAUCUCAAGGGGGAAGAAUACCAGGUCUGUGUUAGUAUCUUGUUUGUCGGAUACCUCCUGAUGCAAGUGCCGUCGAACAUGAUUCUCAACAGGUCCGGUAAACCUUCGAUUUACUUGCCAGGCUGUAUGGUAGUAUGGGGUAUCAUCUCGUGUUUGACUGCUGUCACAAAGGACUUCGGGGGCUUGCUAGCCGUCCGAUUCUCCCUUGGAUUUGUUGAGGCGGCGUAUUUUCCCGGCUGCCUCUAUUUCCUGUCAGCAUGGUAUACAAGAAAAGAAUUAGUUGAACGGACCGCACUUCUAUACGUGGGAUCAUUAAUUUCAGGUGCAUUCUCAGGCUUAAUCUCAGCUGGUAUUACAAGCGGCUUGAACGGCGCCCGAGGUAUCGCAGCAUGGAGAUGGCUCUUCAUUAUAGAGGGCUCACUGACGACUUUUGUGGCUUUACUCGCUUGCUUUAUUGUCCCUGAUCUUCCCCGAACUACAAGCUGGUUAAGUAAUGAUGAGAAAGUGCUUGCGGCCUGGAGACUAGAAGAAGAUAUCGGCGAAGAUGACUGGGUGGAUAGUGAGCAUCAAAGCAUGUUCCAUGGUGCAAAGCUUGCUAUCUUCCUGGCUACUGCUUGGCGUUAUCUACGGCUGUACAUCAUCCGGUGCCGUAACCACUUUUUUUCCAAGGUAAGAGAUCCUCUCCUGAAAAACUUCAUAGCCCUUUGUAUGGACAUUGAAAUUUCUUCAAGUGUGAUGGCUGGACUUGGCAAGGAUAACAUUGACACUUUACUCCUGACGACCCCACCGUGUCUUAUAGGUACGAUUAUUGUGUUGAUCCAUGCCUGGGAUGCAGACGGUACAGGAGAACGAUACCUUCAUCUUUGCCUUCCACCUACUUUUGCUAUUGCAUCUUUCAUUCUAUAUAUGGCAGGAAACAAUUUUGCCGCGCGUUAUGUCGCAAUGAGCAUCAUGCCAGGUAGCAUUUAUGCCAGCUAUGUUGUCGCCCUCGGAUACAUUUCGAACAGUAAUGUCCUGCCGCGCCCCGCCGCAAAACGUGCAGCUGCUUUGGCCUUUAUAAAUGCUGUCAGUAACGUGGCCCAAAUCUACACGCCGUACCAUUACCCGGGUAGGGUCCCCAGUUAA